UUGAAUGAGUAAUCCUGCUUUUGAAACCAAUAGUAUGUUUAUUGGUCAGGACAGUAGCAAGUUGUUUAUACAUUCAUUAAACAUUCUGAUUCUGGUGAAUAUGAUAUUGCAGUUUGGGACUGGGAGAUACCAUUCCAUGAGGAGGGAGAAUUAAUGAGGUAUUAGUUACAUGGAAAAUUGUUUAUUAUUUGUGUUGGUUUUGGUUUAGUCGGAGUUACUGAAGUCUCAGUGUAAAUGGUUCGUUGUCUUUAUUUUGAUAAUCCAUCUAUUCCAGUGAUUACUGUUAUUUCUCUCCUUGAUGCUGCAGAUUUUGGCCAUGAACCAUGGUUAUACCUUCACUCAAGCUUUAUUAGUUGGACCCUCAUCUUUACAAUUCUUCCCUGCUGUUCGACUAAGCUUGUUGUUCGCCUCGUUUUUUUAUUCCCCCCCCCACGUCUGCUUUAAUUUCUGAAGGCCUCUGAACUUCAGGAAUUUUGUAAUUUAUUAAACAAAAGAUUGAGGCUUUUUGUUGUUAUCAAAUCUUUGUAGGGCCUGUUUUGCAUCUCCUUAUUUCAGACAUAGCUUGAAGCUUCUUGUUUCUAGAUCUAUGUUUGAAACCAAAGACAAUAACUUAUCUUAAUUUUCUUUAUGUGAUGAAUAAUAUAAGCAAAGAAAGCUAAAAGCAUUCACAUCAUGGUUCUCAUAUAGGUCUAAGACUCUACAAUGAUAUUAAAGCCAAGCCAUGGUUCCUGGUAUUUGUGUGCAGCUUAAUACUUUAGUAUUGAUCAAAUCAUCAAAAGGUUCUUGCUAGUUCUUGUACUAGGAAAAUUUCAUACAACUUGUACAUUGCCAGCUUAGAUACAAUUGAGAUUCAUGAGACUAUUAUGGGGAUAGAGAGUAUUGUGCUUCUGUUUGUUCAUUGGGAUUCAAAAUCAAGACAUCAUAAGGGAUAAGGGAUAUCCUCUGGACAUUUCAUGUGUAGCGGCCCUCUCCAAACUUUAAAGAGAUCUCCAUUCACCUUGAUCUUUGUUGUUUAGGUGCAAUUGAUCCACGUAAAUUUGCGUCCAAUUUUAAAUAAUUGGGAAAAUGUCACUUAAAUGGCCAAACCACCUUAUAAAAUCAUUAAGGUGGUUAAAUCAUCCCAUUUAACAUUAGAAUGGUUACUUCUCAAGCUCUAUUUCACUUAGAUGCCUCCUCAAAAAUUAUUAUCAAAUUAAAAACCUUGAACAAGUAGGGGAAAUUUAGAAAUUUGGCCCAUCGUAAGUGGCUUAUGCUAAAUGAUGACUAUGCCCCUAGUUUAAUGACAUGGAAGAUAACCCUUGGUUGUUCAGGGUUGGCAAAACAAAGCCCUAUUCAUUGUAAACCCUUAUUCCAUGUUUCUAACUUUGAACAACCAUGGACAUUAUCUUCAUUUCGCUUGGACCACAUAAGGGGGCUAAACUACCAAAAUGCUCCCAAUCCUGACCAGGGCCAAUUUGGUCUUUCUAACAUAUUUUUUAAGGAGGAUCCAAGUGAAAUGAAACUUAAAUGUAACAAUCCUAAAUAUUAAAUGGGAUGAGAUUUGAGCACAUUAGUGGUUUUGUAAGAUGGUUAGCCAUUUAUUGAUAUUUUUCCAUAAAGGAAACAAUAAAAUUAUGAUUAAAAAUUCAAAAAUAAAAAGGGAAAUAUCAUUUAAAGGGUUAAAUUACCUUGCAAAAUCAUUAAAGGUGUCAUCAUCCUAUUUAGCAUUUAUGAGUUAUUGCUUUUUAAGUUUCAUUUCAUUGAAGUACCUUUCAAAAUAAUUGGCUUUGUUUAGGAUUGGGAACCUUGAUCUAGCAGGGGCUUUUUUGUAAUUUAGCCCAAAUUGAGUGGCUUGAGUAAAUGACAAAAAUACCUCGGGUUGUCAAAGUUAGCAAUAAUGAAAAAGGGUUUACAAUGAAAAAAGUGAGUUCUGCGUUGCUAACUCUAAACAACCAGGGUACUUUCCUCAUUUUGUAGUUCCGUAACUGUGAACUGCUGCAGUUUUUUGGUCAUUUGGCUUGGGCAAAUUGAAUGAGUCUAAAGUUGUCAAAAUGCCCUACUUGUCCAAGUUUCCCAAUCAUGAAUAAGGGUAAUUUGGCCAUAUUUAUUAUAUUCUAAGAGAUACCUGAGUGAAACUUAAAAAGGCAGUAGUCCCAAUUUUUAAUAGGAUGAUGUACUUUUUAACGAUUUUGUUUGGUAAUUUGACCCUUUGAUAUUUUUCCUAGGUACUUUAUGGAGUAGUUAAAACAGAUUGUUUUUUAAAUAUGGUGGUUGCAGAAAAUAGUGUUUUCAAUUGAUCUUGCUAAGAUCUUUUUCUUCUCCUCUCUUUUUUUGAUAACUAGUUGCUUGCCAAACUUGUUCUUUUUCCUAGGCAAGACUUAUAGGCUCACCAGCAAAGGACAUCACCCCAGUGGUGGAUCCUGCUGUCGCUUAUUGGUGCAUCCCUCACCCCAGCAAAAAAAAAAGGGGCCCCAUCAAGUGUUCCAUUUUCCAUUGAUGAUCCCAAUGGUCUAUUGUUUCCAUAGUCCAUUUUGUUAUGGUAAGUGUAAAGUGCCAUAUCCAUUGGUCUUGAUAUGGUUUGUGCUUUUUUGUCUUUUCUCUCAGUUUUAGCAGGUAAGGAACUAGCAUUUCGCUUUAUGCAAGUUGAAUUCUAGGUCCACAAUCAUCAUCCCUUUUUAGUUUAGAUUGCUCAUUUCAUUUUGCUGAUGCAUCUCAGGGUUCUUGGAGGUAAUUUCGAGAGUCAAUUUUUUCAAAACCCAUAUUUCAUGUAUCGAACUCGUCGUCAUGUUGCUAGGUCCGCAAGCAUCAUCCCUUUUUAGUUAGAUUACUCAUUCUUUUUGCUGAUGCAUCUCAGGGUUCUUGGAGGUGAUUUCGAGUGUCGAUUUUGUCAAAACCCAUUCCUCACGAUAAAUGUGGGAGAUGGAGCGCCUACGGGUAGAGUUUGUAAUGUUCAAUGAUCCAUCGAACAUUCUCCUUCAGUACUCUUAUUUUGAUACAAGAUACGACUUAUUUGAAAUUAAUUGAAUCCGGGUUUCACAAUAGCUAUUCCUGGACUGAACCGACCUGUUGAAUACUUAAAUUCAAGGAAGGACCAGUUUCACAUGCAAAAAGCAAGGAAUCUUGCAUACGCUGAAUUUGAGAAUUUGCCGAUGGAUGAGUGAUCGGAGAUAUCAUUACCUGAGCCCUUCAGACCAUGCCAUCCGUUUAGACCUCAUCUCCAAGGUCCAUGGUCUAGAGCAAGCGGAGCAAUACUUUGGCAACAUUACCAAGCAAGCGAAGACUUUUGAAACCUAUGGUGCUCUUCUCAACUGCUAUGCCCAAGAGCGGUCAGUUGAGAAGGCUGAAUCCAUCGCUGAGAAAAUGAAGGAAUUGGGUUUCUUCAACUCUGCUCUGUCCUACAAUGCCCUAAUGACACUUUAUACACAGACAGGAGAAGUUGAUAAGCUAGAUAUUCUUAUCAAGGAAAUGGAGGAGAAAGCCAUUCGUCCAGACAAUUUCACUAAUAAUAUCAGGAUGAAGGCCUAUGCAAAGGCUUUAGAUAUCGAACGAAUGGACAAAUUCCUACAAACACUGGAGCAUGAUCCCCUUGUAACCUUGCAUUGGAACAUAUAUACCAUGGCUGCAAAUGCAUACAUUAGAGCUGGUUUAAUAGACAAUGCGAUGGCCAUGCUUAAGAAAGUGGAGGCACUUUGUGGUGGAAAACAUCAACUCGUAUAUGAUUGCCUCCUCACCCUUUAUGCAUCUGUCGGUCAAAAAGCUGAGGUCCAAAGAAUUUGGGGACACAUCAAAACCCCAUUUAAUAAGCCUCUUAAUUCGAGCUAUAGGUGCUUCAUAAGCUCGCUACUGAAAUUGGGUGAUGUAGAGGAAGCUGACAAGGUGUUUCGAGAAUGGGAUUCUCACCAUGAGAUCUAUGAUUUCAGGGUGCUCAAUGUGCUCCUUUAUUUCUAUUGCAAUAAUGGGUUUUUGGAAAAAGCUGAGGAAAUUAUAAAGAUUGCUCUAGAGCGACAAAAAGUGCUUACUUUCAACACAUGGGAGAUUUUGGCAGGAGGGUAUCUGAAGAAUAACCAGAUUUCAAUGGCUGUUGAUGCCAUGAAGAAGGCUUUAUCUUUGCACCAAGGAAGGAGAAGGUUGCCAGAUUCCGGCAAUGUGGCUGCUGGAUUAGAGUUUUUCCGGCAAAAUUCCGAUGUGGAAGGAAUAGAGGAGUUUAUAAGCUUGCUAAGGCCUGUGGUCCCAUUAACGAGGGAGGUUUAUCAUGAAUUAUUAAGGACUUACAUAUCAGCAGGGAGGCCAGUUGAGACUGUAAUUGAGAGGAUGAAGGGAGAGAAUAUUGAGCCUGAUGAGGAGACGGAAGUGAUUCUCAAGGGUGAUAUGGCUCAAGCUUUCAGUGAGUAGGUUUGGGUUCCUAUUGUGCUUGGGGGAUUCAACCGUAGUUGAUUCUAAUUGAUUGCCAAUUUCGAGGGGACUGGACCUGGGCUGGGUAGUUGAUGCUUAUUGGUUUUGCCUGGUUUGUAGAGGACAUACAAUGUGGGGUUUUUCCUGGUUUUCGGAGAGGGGACAUACAUUUGAUUUUUGCAUUGAUUGCAGAGGGGGAGACAUGUGAAUGCAUGGAGAGAGAGAGAGAGAGAGAGAGAGAGAGAGAGAGAGAGAGAGAGAGAGUAUGGGACUUUCUUUAUUAUUUAGAGAAUAUGUGGGGUGGGUUUGGUUAAGUGGAAGAAUAAGGCCUAACGCCCUUAGAAUUAUGGAUGGAGAUCUAUUUAGACUAGUUGUAUCCCCUCCCUCCCCAAAAAAAAAACAUAAAAAAAGUAGUUUUAUUAUAGUUUUCUGCUAUGUAAAACUAUGUUAUUCAUGAUUCUCUUCUUAUGAUUGGUUAAAUAUGAGAGAGAGAGAGAGAGAGAGAGAGAGCAUUGUUUUUUUUCCCUUGAGAAUUAUAUGGGUCAGAUGUUGUUAUGUAUAAAAAUCCGUAAGAGCUUGUUGCGUAUUCCUUUUAUCUAUCGAUUAAUUAUGGGAAAUUAA